CCGAGGAGGUUUCCAUACAGCUCUCUGCAGGCACGCUCAUGCUGUUUGGACUUCAAUCUGUGCAGAAAUAACAUGAUAACGAUGAAAGGUUUUGUUUUAAUAAGCAUCCUGGCAGCUCUGGCAGCCUCUGAGGCCGGCUUAUCGAGAGAAAGAAGACAGGCGUUUCCUGGUUUCUCCCACUCCUCUUCGUCUUCUUCAUCCUCUUCAGCCUCUUCGUUCUCCUCCUCCGUUGAAAGUUCAGGAGGGAUCUGUCUGAACGGAGGCAGCUCUGUUCCGUCCCUGACAUCUGGUGAACACAUGUUCUGUUUGUGUGUCGGCGGUUUUGAGGGCAUUCGCUGUGAGACAGUGAACGGGGCUCAGUGCUACGAGGGAGUGGGACUUUACUACAGAGGCACAGAGUCUAAAUCAAAGAGUGGACGGACAUGUGAGGAGUGGGAUUCAGACACCCGGGAGCGGUAUAUGUCUUCAGAUGUCCAUUCAGGGAGGCACAACUACUGCAGAAAUCUUCUCUACAAACGGCGUCCGUGGUGUUACGUGUGGAAAAACCAGCAGCUAAUUUGGGAGUAUUGUGGUAUUCCACGUUGUAGCUUUGAGUCGUUUCCAACCCCGCCUUCGCCUGCACCCACGGAGCCACAGCCAGCUGCAGAGUCGACAUGUGGCCAGCGCUCCAGGAGAAAGCACAUGAAGAUCGUGGGAGGAACAGUUGCCACUGUGGAAUCCCACCCGUGGGUCGCUGCCAUAUUCUGGCGCAGCAAAUCCAAGGAGAAGGUUCUCCGCUGUGGGGGGAGUCUGAUCUCGGCCUGCUGGGUUCUCACAGCUGCCCACUGCUUCCCUGAAGGCUCCCAGGCCAAACCCCGCCGCUUCUCCGUCAUCCUGGGGAAAAAUGUCAUGAAUGAGACGGACCGGGCUGCGGAACAAACGUUCAGGGUAGAAGAAAUCAUCCUCCAUGACGGGUUUGACAACAGUGAAGGGGACUACAACAACGACAUCGCUCUGCUGAAGCUGAGGGCCAAACAUGGCAAGUGUUCGGAGGAGAGCGACUCGGUGAGGACUGUUUGUCUGCCGCCGCCUCAACAGAAGCUCCAGCCUGGAGUCACCUGUGAGAUCGCUGGAUACGGGAAAGAGAAACACGGUUUGUGGUACAAGUCUAAGUUCCUCAGAGAGGCUCAGGUGAACCUCAUCUCCGACGACGUGUGUCGACACCAGGACUAUUAUGCAAACUUGAUCAGUGAUAACAUGUUUUGUGCCGGUCGUCCCGACUGGAGCCGGGACGCCUGCGAGGGAGACUCAGGAGGGCCUCUGGUGUGCGAGGUCGGCAGCAGGCUCUUCUUGUUCGGGGUCAUCAGCUGGGGUGACGGCUGCGCGAAGGAGAAUCGACCCGGCGUUUACACCACAGUGACCAACUACAACGGAUGGAUAGCGGAGAAGACGGGGCUGUCGUCCAUCACUGCCGGCUCCAUGUUUCCUCAGAAGUGAAGGACGUAAACUUUUAGUGAGCUGCUGGCUUCCUAUUUCCUUGGAGGCCUUAAAGGAUAAAACUGCAGUAUUUUAUAUUUUUCUGAAACGUCCCGUAAAAAGACCAAAACCAACCAUGAAUUAAUUCUAACAAGUAACGUGUGGGAAUCUAAAGUCUGAUAUAUUCUACUCCUCUAUGCAAUAGACCCCUUUUCUGUAAGUAAACAUAAUGUCAUAUUUUUGUGGGCGGAGCCUAGGUAGAGGCGGAAUAAUUCUCUAAACGCGUUAGCUAACGCUGGCUAGCAGGUGUUGUUGGCUUGGUUUGACCACAGACUGUAUAUAAGAAGUGGACGUAAAACGUCUGAACAAAUGAUCUGACUGGACAACAUGUAUUUGAGUGGUCAGCAGUCAUGUAAAAUGAUUUGUAGUUAUAACACUGUCAUGGUCCUUUAACAUGUUUUCUAAGCUUUGUAUUUAUACAGAAGUGUCAUUUCAAUACAUACGAUAUAGCUUUGGGUAACUAUUUCUAUCUUGUAUAUUGCAAUGAUAUAUUCUUUAAAGAUAUAGGAUUUAAUUUUAUAUAUUUUUUGGAUACAUUUUUGUACAUUUUCUUUGUAAAACUUUAUGCAGAGAAAUUUAGAAUUGCACUUUGAUACAGUAAUCACCACAAUAUUCACCCAAAAAACGUUAAGAAUUGUCGUGAAAUAUAUAUAAAAACCUACUUCUAAUUUUCACUGUCUAGUAAAAUCAUAUUGUUUUCUGUCAUGUUCUAACCACGGGCUCAUGUUGUUUUAAGAACUACUGUAUGUGGUUUAUAUUGCAUGAGUUUGUACUUAUAUUUUGUAUAUGUUGUUUUACACCAAAGGCCACAUUGGAAAUAACUGUUUAACACUUGCAUGAAGAGUACAAUUGUACAAAUAUCUGACCUGAAAUAAAUAAAAAACUGUAAAUAU